AUGCCUCUCCCCACACACUUCACCCUCAACACAGGCGCGCAAAUACCGGCCGUGGGCUUCGGCACAUGGCAAGCAAAGCCUGGUGAAGUUGAGCGCGCCGUCGAGACAGCGCUCAAAGCAGGCUACCGUCACAUCGAUUGCGCUGCCAUCUACCGCAACGAAGCUGAAGUGGGUGAUGGCAUCACGAGGAGCGGUAUUCCUCGCUCCGACAUCUUCCUCACUGGCAAGCUCUGGAACACCAAGCAUGCACCCGAAGAUGUAGAGGCAGCACUCGAUAAGUCGUUACAGGACCUUGGUGUCGAGUACCUGGACUUGUUCUUGAUGCAUUGGCCUGUUGCCUUCAACGGUGCUACAGGGAAGUGGUUCCCAUUGUGUGAUAGCGGCGUCUUUGACCUUGCCGACAUCGACCCUGCCACAACCUACAAGGCCAUGGAGAAGCUGCUCGACACUGGCAAGGUACGCGCUAUUGGCGUAUCUAACUUCACCGUCAAUCGCCUCAAUGACCUUCUUUCCAAGACCGAUGUUGUGCCGGCGGUAAACCAGAUCGAAGCACACCCGUACCUCCAACAGCCUGCCUUAUUCGACUUCUGCAAGAGCAAAGGUAUUCUCAUCGAAGCUUAUUCACCCCUCGGAAACAACCAGACGGGAGAGCCACGCACAGUCGACGACGAGCUUGUGGGCAUAGUGGGGCAAAGAUUGGGCAUGGACGGCGGCCAGCUACUUGCGAGUUGGGGCAUUCAGCGCGGCACUGUGGUGCUGCCUAAAAGUGUUACACCCAGCAGGAUCAAGAGCAACAUGCAAGUCAAAGAGCUACCGAAAGAUGCAUUCGAUGAGCUGAGCGGGCUGGAGAGACACAAGCGUUUCAAUGUGCAGUCGCGAUGGGGAUUCGAUAUAUUUGAAGAGCUAGGCGAAGAGGAGGUGCGGAAAAUCGCACAAGAUUGCGCAGAGGAGAACAAAACGAAAUUUACAGUAUAG